GAUUGGCGUAUCGAUUGCCAUACAGACCAACGAAAGUGAUUUGAUUUGUUUUCGUCAUGUGUUCGCACAGACGGACAUACAGUUUGCCAGCGAAGACGAGUUGGAUCUCACAAUAGCCAAUAGUGAUACAGAAUUUGUGGACAGUUGUGGUGGUGGUGUACUACUCGUUGCCAAUAAUGAUUCAGAUAAUAACUACUAUACAAGUGCUUCCCGAAAUAAUAGUGCCGGUGGUGGUAGAGAUAGUAGUAGUGGUGGUGGUGGACACCAUCAUAGAACUGCUGCCGCCGUUUUGGACUACUCUUCAGCCGAUGUGAUGCCGAUGACUACCGGUGCCGAUGAAGUAAACAAAAGUGUUUCGCUACAGACAGAUGAGUCUGUGCUUAGUAGUAGUGGUCGAAAAUCGGCAAACAGUUCAAAGAGUAGAACCGGUAGAAACCAACAGCAAACAGUGGUCAACAUCAAUGUAACUAUCGAUGUGGGCAUACAGGUUCAGAUACCCAAACAUACCAGUGCUACACAAACACGAUUCAGCUAUGCCAGCAGCAAAACCAAAAACAAAUUAGUGCCAAAAUUUUGUACCACAUCCACAACACGCCGACACCCGCAAGCGGUCCUCCGUAACGCCAUCAGCACUGUUGACAUUGAAAGUCAUUACCGACUGUGGACAUCACCACCGCAGACGUCCGCUGGCGGUCUGGCGGCGGCGGCGGACACUGUUAGUGACAAUAUCAAUAGCAUUAAUAUAAUACCGUUUAAUACGAAUAAAACAACACUAAUUGGUGUUACCGACGGCACCAACAUUUUGCAAGAUAUCGAGUCGCAGACCGAACCACUAUUUUCAUCGAUAUUGGCGGCCAAUUCGGCCGGCAAUGACCUAACAGUAUUGCAGUCGUACGACAUAACCUCACCGUUUGCUCACAUAGAGAAAGAGUUGCUUCAAACCACCCGAAAUCAUAGGAACCGUAUACCCGAUCAUAGAUUGGAUGCCUUCACCCGAUUGUUGGACGACAUGGAUGACGACAAUGUUCAACACAAACUACAAUUAGUUCCCAAAUGCGAUGCUUCCGUACAGACCGACAACGAUAUCUUGACUGACGAGUCGCCAGAGUUUGUGGCCCGACCGCCGCCGUGUCUCAAACGCGAAAUGAUUCCCACUAUUCACAUGUUUCGCGAGAUUGACCGCCGAGUGGCCGAUGCACCAGAAUUUGAAACAAUACAGGAAUUGGUUGACUAUAUAUGCAAAUCAACGAAAAACGAUUUAUACAAAGUUAGAGCUAUAUUCCGAUGGAUAUCAUUGAACAUUAGGUUUGAUUGGAAAUAUAUGGGCAUAACUAUGACAUCCAAUGAGAUACUCAAGUGCCGGGAAGGGGUCUGCAAAGACUACUGUCAACUGUUUGCCGAUAUGUGCCGUUUGACUGGUAUUCGGGUGAAAAAAAUUGAUGGCUUUGCCAAGGGUCAGGACUAUAGACCGGGUCAUCAGUUUAAACCCGGAGAAGAUAUCACCCAUACGUGGAAUGCAGUGUUCAUAUUGAGCGCCUGGAGACUGAUAGACACCACUUGGGGAACGGGCUAUACGGAGCCGACCGGAAAGUUUCAGCGCAAACUUAAUGAACAUUUUUUCCUAACUGAUCCCGAAGUUUUGAUUUGGACACACUAUCCGUACAAUACUGUGGAAAACAAUUACAGUAGAUGGCAAUUGUUGGACAAACAGUUAACAUUGGAUGAGUUCAAUGCAUUGCCGAAAGUAUCGCCAAAUUUCUUUGAUUACAAUUUGAAGAUACGCUCAAAACCGCAAAAUCCGGUAAUCUUUAGGAUAUCUACCGAAGUAAAGAUCGGUUCCCACGAAGCCAUGCGCUAUAAAUAUAAACUUUAUCCGUCGGACGAAAUGGAAAACUCGUCGCUCAAUCACUAUGUGUUCUGUCAGCUCAAAGAGGACCGACUGGUCGGCAGUUUCGCAAUUCAGCCGCCAAUUGAGGGCCGGUUUUUCCUAAAGAUAUUUGCCAAACCGGAACGGGAGAUGCAGGACGGCCAACAGGACGCGACCAACUUGCAUAACGUGUGUACAUUUCUACUCGAGUGUAGCCGAGCCCGCAAAUACAUUGAACCGUUACCCAUCAAUGAGCUGCCAUGGGGUCCCACCCAAACGUUUUACGAUUUUCGGCUACGACUGCACAACCAAACCGGUCCAGUGAUUGUUACGUGGGGCGGCCGUCGGCGAUUGGUCAUGGAAUCAACUGAAACCCUACUCAUGAGCUAUACAAUCUACGAUGCGGACGGCAUGGAAAUGGACACUCGGAGUAUAGUGACCAAAGACGACAACGGCAACAAGAUUACGUUUACAAUAAACCCGCCCCGAGUCGGUACAUUCAAACUGAUGAUAUUCGGUAUGCCUAAGCCGAAACAAAAGGGCAAAUGGCGACUGCCAUUGUUGGCCACUUUUAUGGUCGACUGUAAAAUGAUUAAACCGCCACAAUAUGAUGACGACCCGACACCCAUUAGUCUAAUUGUGCCACAAAAUGAUGAACAACAACAACAACAAAUGCAACAGAGGACAGGUAAACGAUGA